AUGGGUUACAUCAGGAGGGGGAUCCAACAGGGCCUCCGGCUAGAAUUUGCCAUAUUCUGCGGACUUCAUGAAGACGAUCCACGAGCCUUAGAAGAUCCAGAUCUGUUCAAGAAAAUGUGGUUUACCAAGGGCUCAGAUAAGCUUAUCUUUGAUUUUAUCAUCUCGUUUUGGAUAAAACUCAAAUCAUUUAUGAUCCAACGGUUAGUGCAUGAGGAGAAGGCAUGGAUAGAUGAUUAUGGGGAUUGGCUGGUUCACGAGGGAGAAACCAUGGACGAAGCAAAAGCGACGAUGGAUUACGCAGAGCGUCAGAGGCUCAGUGAUGAAGCCAUACAAGAGUCCGAGCGGAUAAGAGAAGAGGAGCGACAAGAACAAGAAAGGUACGAUGCGGAAGAAGAUGCAAUGUUUGAAAACGAGCAUACACAGGAGCUGGAGGAAAGAUGA